AGGAUUGGUUCAAUCACAGUUUUAGACAUCACAGGCGUCCGCAGCCGCAUCUAUGCUAAUGUGCUAACGUUUGUCUGUUAACGGCGAAGAAAACGCGGCGGGGGGCGGGGCAACAAGCCCGUCCAUGACCGAGGAGCUGCCGCUAACACUGACGGCAAACUGCGUGCCAAGUUUGAUAACUUUGUAAACACUUUAUCGUCACGUAACUACUGUUAGCCUGCGAGCGGCUAACCUUUUAGUAGCCGCAAGAGUUGGUGAGACUGUGGAGGAGGGGGAGUCCGGCACUUCCGGUCCUGUCGACCAGUCUAUGAUGAGCGAGGACCCGGAACUGCCCGGAGCCGCCGAAUUUAUCAAAGAUCGUCUGUACUUUGCCACGUUACGCAGUAAACCUAAAAGUACAGUGAACACUCACUAUUUCUGCACCGAUGACGAGUUUGUCUAUGAAAAUUUCUAUGCAGACUUUGGUCCUCUCAACUUGUCCAUGUUGUACAGAUACUGCUGUAAACUCAACAAAAAGCUGAAGUCCUUCACUCUGACCAGGAAGAGAAUCGUUCACUACACCAGCUUUGAUCAGAGGAAACGUUCUAAUGCGGCCGUUCUAAUUGGAGGAUACGCUGUGAUUUACCUGAAGAAAACUCCAGAAGAAGCUUAUAAAGCUUUAAUCUCUGGAUCCAACGCCCCCUACCUGCCGUUCAGAGACGCAUCCUUUGGUAACAGCAGCUACAGUCUCACACUGCUCGACUGUCUUCAGGGGAUCAGAAAGGCUCUACAGCACGGCUUCUUUGACUUUGAAAGGUUUGACGUGGAUGAGUACGAGCACUAUGAGCGUGUGGAGAAUGGAGACCUUAACUGGAUCGUUCCUGGGAAGUUUUUGGCCUUUAGUGGACCACACCCCAAAACCAGGGUGGAGAAUGGUUACCCUCUCCAUGCCCCUGAAGCGUACUUCCCGUACUUCAGGAAACACAACGUGACCUCCGUGGUCCGUCUGAACAGAAAGAUCUAUGAUGCCAAACGCUUCAGUGACGCCGGCUUCAACCACCACGACCUGUUCUUCGUGGACGGCAGCACGCCGAGCGACGCCAUCACACGCCGCUUCCUGCACAUCUGUGAGAGCACAGACGGCGCCGUGGCCGUUCACUGUAAAGCCGGUCUGGGCAGGACGGGUACUCUGAUUGGCUGUUACAUGAUGAAACAUUACCGCUUCACGGCGGCUGAGACUAUCGCCUGGAUCCGGAUCUGCAGACCUGGAUCUGUGAUUGGACCACAGCAGAACUUCCUGGAAGAGAAGCAGGCAGAGUUGUGGUUGCUAGGUGACAGUGAACGCUCCCAGAAGACCAAGCUGGAGGAGAGGGUGGGGUCUGAUCUCAUCACCAGUAUGAACAAGCUUACCUUAAGCCCCACCCACAACAACCAUCUGCAGGAGCCAGUAGAGGUCACUGAUGCACUGACUCUGACUCAGGGAGACAAACUGAGAGCCUUAAAGAGUCAACGUCCUUCUCGCUCUGCCACCACAGGAGCACUCAGAGAGAUGAAGAUUCACAGCAGGUCAAUGACUCAGCCACUCAGGUUAUCGAUGGGAGCGGGUCAAGGCCCCCCCUCCCCUUUGAAGUCAUCCAGAUUCCCAUCAUCCUCUGCUUCUGCUGCAGCCAAGAGGAUCGGGAGGAGCACACCCCUCUCAGGGUCAAACAUCAGGAGCUCACCACUCAGCUCCCGAUUGGCCAGCUCGCUCAGUGACCUGCAGGCUGCAGUUGUGGAGGAGGACACACCCUACUCCUCCCCUUCCUCCUCCUCUGUGUCUCUGGGCCCCUCCCCCUCUCCCCUGGCCCCACCCUCUCUCUGUCGCUAUGUUAAUGGCCCUAUCAGCAUGCAGCAUGAGGUCAACAACAACAGUGGUCUGUACGGCUCUGCUGCGCCCCCUGCAGGUGCUCCUUACAUGACGUCAGGACGAUACCUGAGCCGCUCCAUACCUUCUCUUCAGUUUGACUUCAUCCACUUCUAAAACAUCACAUGUGACCUAAGGACUCAUUACCCACAAUCCUUUUCUACUGAAUGUGACAUCAUCACGUGAGGAUGAAGACGACGACGAAGAUAUUUUUAUAUUUGUAUUUUGUGAAGAAGAAAUUUAUUUUUAUUGUAGAUAAAAUUUAAUAAUGUACUGAAGGAUCAGCUGAUGUCCGUUGUCAUGGUUACACUCUUUUAUAAUCUACACUCAAAAGGAGAGAAGAAAAAGGAGGGACUGAAACUCAGGGCGGGCGUGUGUGUGUAAGCAUGAAUGUUAGCAUAUGUGUAAGUGUGAAUGUUGGCGUGUGUCUGCAAGUGUGAAUGUUAGCAUGUGUGCAAACAUGAAUGUUAGCAUAUGUGUAAGCGUGAAUGUUGGCGUGUGUGUGCAAGCAUGAAUGGUUGUGUGUGUGUGUGCAAGCUUGAGAGCAUGCGUGCAAGCUUGAGAGCAUGCGUGUAAGCGUGAAUGUUAGCAUAUGUGUAAUCGUGAAUCUUGGCGUGUGUUAGUGUGUCUGCAAGCAUGAAUGUUAGCGUGUGUAAGCCUGAAUAUUAGCAAGUGUGUUAGUGUGUGUAUGCGUGAAUGUUGGCAUGUUGGCAGUCUGUGUCCCUCAGAGGACAGUUUAGCUUGAUGCUAAUAGUUUCCCUCUGCUUCCAGUCUUUAAACUAAGCUAGGCUAAUGACGUUUUGACUUCCUGUUUGUGAAGAUAAGCCUCUGAUUGGCUGGCUGUAGGUCAGCUGAUUGUGCUCUACCUCCUCACUUUAGUUGUAUUGUACAGGAAGCAGGAAAAGGUUUACAGCCAGUUUCAAAAUAAAGCAUCAAACAGAUGAA